GAUCGCCGCCUGUGUGGACAUGUCCGCCAUGUUUUCCUCGGUGCAGCCCGGAGACGCGGCCCGUUAAAGCCUCCCGCCCGGUACCGGAGCAGCGCACACCGAUGAGCCGUACCGCGGCGGACCCAGUCUCUUCCGGACCUGAUUGUCCCCGGUACCGGACCCGGUUUGAGGCGGAUCGUCGCUGGUGACGCAAACAAUGAGUAAACUCUCGUUCCGGGCGCGCGCGCUGGACGCCUCCAAAGCGCUCCCGGUUUACCGGAACCGGGACCUGCCGGACCUGACGGACUGCGUGUCCAUCAACCGGGCCGUCCCGCAGAUGCCGACCGGGAUGGAGAAGGAGGAGGAGCUGGAGCACCACCUGCAGAGGGCGAUCUCGGCCCAGCAGGUGUUCAGGGAAAAGAAGGAGACCAUGGUGAUCCCCGUCCCUGAAGCCGAGACUAACACCACCUACUACGACCGUCUGUACAAGGGAGAGGUCCGAGUCCCCAAACAGCUGAUCCACAUACAGCCUAUGGGUCUGGACCUGGAGCAGCCAGACUACGACAUGGACUCAGAGGACGAGACGCUGCUCAACAGACUGAACAGGAAGAUGGAGAUCAAACCACUGCAGUUUGAGACCAUGGUGGACCGACUGGAGAAGGCCAGCACGAACCAGGUAGACCAGCUGGUGUCCCUGUCGGAGGCGAAGCUGCUGCUGAACGAGGACGACUACCUGCUGAAGGCGGUCUACGAUUACUGGGUGAGGAAGAGGAAGAACUGCGGGGGGCCGUCUCUGAUCCCUCACAUCAAACAGGAGAAGAGAGACGGAUCCACCAACAGCGACGCCUACGUGGCCUUCAGGCGGAGGACGGAGAAGAUGCAGACCAGGAAGAACCGUAAGAACGACGAGGCGUCGUACGAGAAGAUGCUGAGGCUGAGGAGAGAGUUCAGCCGGACCGUCACCAUCCUGGAGAUGAUCAAGAGGAGAGAGAAGUCCAAGAGAGAGCUGCUGCACCUGACGCUGGAGGUGGUGGAGAGGAGGUAUCAGAUGGGGGAUUUCAGUGGAGACGCUCUCAGAGCUGUUUCCCUCCCCCUGGUGGAGAAACCAGCGUACAGCACUGCAGCCGCUCUGAGCAACGGCAUCAGACACAAGGCCGACGUCAGAAUCAAGGUCCAGAAGAAGCCGACCUCCAUCAGAGACGAGCUUCCCUUCGACCCGAUCAGACCAAAGAAGAACCUGAGACGGGACAGGCCAUGUCCUCCACAGAGACGUCCCGGCCGGCCCCCCGGGCCCUUUACCAUCAACAGGGCCGACAUCAAACAGUACGACUUCCACAGCUCCGGGGACGACGACAGUCCGCCUCCUCCGCCGUCUCCCCCGUCUUCCAGCGACGAGGAGUCCAGUCCUGAUGGAGUCUUUGUCUUCAGGAGGAAGGCUGGGUGCCAGUACCUCUCUCCUGGUACGGAGCAGACGGGUGGAGUUGACGGUCCAGAGCUCCUCCCUCAGUGUCUGCGUCACUGUCUGACUGAACUGACUCGGCCUCCUCAUUGGACGGGACUGAGCCGCCGCAGGAUAGGACGGGGGGGCAGGAUCAUCCUGGACCGAGCCUCCUCAGGUCUGGACCCAGUACUGAGGCAGCUGGACUCUUUUACACAUACAGUCUGCAGGACCGGAACCAGUACCUGUCUCCUCAGCGACCCAGUAAGACUGGAGCUGAACCCCCCCCUGUCCUCGGGAACCACCACCGCCUCCCUGACUGAGAUCCUGAACAACAUCCAGACUCUGAGGAGGUUCUGCUUCAGACCCAGACCGGUUCAGGAGCAGGGGGAGGGGGGCAGAAGGACCACAGGGUCCUCUGUGGAGGACAGGAGACUCCCCUGUCCUCUGUCACCUGAAAGCAGCUGUGGAUCAGCAGGGGGCAUCACGGAGGAGCAGUACCACAGCCAUCAGCAGCAGCUGGUCCAGAUGCAGAAACAGCAGCUGGAGCAGCUGCAGAACCAGAACACGACUUCAUACAGACACACGGCGCUGCACAGAACACAGUCCUCCAGGUCCAGUGAGUCCAGUUCAAAGACCCUGGACUCGGCCAGCGCUCAGUUUGCAGCCUCGGCUGUGAUCAGCGCUCCUCCUCCUCACGGACACACGGGCAGUGAGAACCGACCCUACAAGACCGGCGUCAACGGGGUCCUCCAUCCUCCAGGUCCCUCCAGGCCUCCGUACUCGUCCUCCUCGUCACUCAGCAGGUUGGGGCUCUCAGCUCGGGGGUCGCUCCCCUCCUCAUCCUCCCCUCGGUCCCUCCCCAACCAGAGGAGCCAGGCCGGAGCCGUCUCCCCUGCCCACCCCCACCCUGCUAGACCCUCUGCCCCCCCAACGUCGGCCUUAAAGCUCGCCACCAGCGCCGCCAGCCUCGACAGGGUGCCCAAAGUCUCCACAGCCAGGGAUCCUCACGAGCCGGAGAGAAUCCUGAACGGCCUGUCAGAGACCACGCUGCCCAUGGAGGUCACAUAGCAUUGUCUCCCAUGAUGCACUGCUCCUCUGACCGCUGAAUGUGACACGCUGCGACCUCCAGGAGAAGAAGAGCGCAGCGGCGGCUGUUGUUGUUGUUGUUGUUGUUGUACAGUUUGUAAAUGUCUUUGAUGUAAAAUACUUUUUGUUUGUUUCUGAGUAUCAUCAUGUGACUGCAGAAUCAACUCUGAUUGGUUCAUAAUAAGUCCAGUAUCUGCGCUCUGAUUAGUCCAUGAUGAGUCUGUAUCUGCGCUCUGAUUGGUUAUUUAUUUCUCAUGUUUACAUUUUGUAUUUCUUUGAAUCAGAGCUGGGAAGUGAUUGUGAAUCAGGACUGAGUCAAUCUUUUAAUGUUUAGACACGGGAAAAUAAAAUCUGUAAAGAAAAGUUUUUAUAUUUUUAAACUGGAGGAGGAGAGAAGUCGCUGAUCAGACGAGUGUGAAUCAUGUGUUCCCUCUGUUCACGCUUCGGAUCAAUAAAAUGCAUCGAUACACAGAA